AAAAUUCCGAUUAGGAAGAAAGAGCUGGUGUUUGCUCGAUUGUGCUUAGGACAUUGUACAUUGAACUCGUCAUUACAUCUGGUUGGCAAGCAUGUGAAUGGUUUGUGUCGAUGAAACAGUGGAGUAUGUGUUAUAUUGUUCAUGAGGACGAUUAAUAGAGCUGGGAGGUGGAGGAACCUUAUCAGAUCGCUGAUUAUGCUGGAGAGUAUAAAUACUGAGGAAACAGUGAAGGUCACCACAGACCUGACUAAGAAACAUUCUGACAGCACCAGAAUCAGCCUGCUAUUUCACACUUAAUAUUUAGUAAGUAAACCCAUUUAGUUGUAGCCAUGGCAAUGUUUGGCAAGGUGCUGGAGCCGGUGGGCUACAUGCAGACCAUGAGGACCCUGGUGGAGGGCAUCUGUACCUACCUGGGUGGCAGUGCCUCAGCUGAAGCAACAGACCUGGCCAGGAAGAACCUGGACUACAUAGACCAGGAGCUGGGUGCUGCAGGGUCGGGCCUGCUGACAGACCAGGAGGUCCAUCGCCUGGAGGACGACCUGGCCGUGGUCUACUACCAGCUGGGCGCGGUCGUCAGGGCCCAGCCUGAGUUCACCAAACGGGAGACAGAGGUGUUUCUCCAGUACGUUCAGGAGCACCGGCUGGAGAGGCAGCUGACGGCACUCCACAGCCGGCUGAUGGGGGUGUCGGUCCUGACAGACCAGCCCACCCUGCUGGAAGAGCUGGUCCAGAGCCGCAAGCCCAAACGCUGGGAGAUGAGGGAGUUCUGUGUCAAGGUGAACUUUGUCCUGGGCACGGGUCUGCUGUGCCUCUUCACCCAGGCCUCCCUGACAGGACGAGAUCAGGCCCUGCUGAUGAAGACCUGGUCUGAGCGCAUGGGUGCCCUCUACAGGAAGAUGAAGACCACUGGGGGGCGCUGUUCGGGAUACUUCCUACAGCAGGCGGAGGAGGACGUGCGUCAGCAGCUGCAGGAGGCCAUGCAAAACCGUUCAGCUCCCGAGGAGGCGGCAGCCGGCAUCCUAAAGACCCUGGAGAAGAACUAUGACUGGCUGCGCUGGGCCGUCAUGGUGCACCCUGCCUUAGGGCCCUUGGAGGAGGAUGGGGGGGAGGGCCUGGGGAACACACUACAGCCCAACCACUUCUUGUCCGUGUCAUCUGAGGCACAAUGCCCUCAUGUGGUGGCCUGCUACCGUGACAUGCCCACCUCGCUGGACAAGAGCCACAUCCACCAGCUGAUCGUGGACCUGGAGUGGAAGAUCCCCAACCCGCCUCCAGAGGUGUACGCCGCCAUCGAGGAGGACCCGGGGAAGGCCAGACGCUACCUGGCCUCUCGCAUGCUGAAGAAGCUGCAGGAGGGUCUGGGCUCAGCGGUGGCCGUCCAUGUGGUGCCGGGCAAGAUGGAGAUGAAGUGUAACUUCCCCCAAGCCUCCUACUACCUGUACGAGUACAAACACAGGCUGGCCUCGGGCACCUUGUGUGUAUUUGGAUAAGAGAGAGGGGGGCUGGCUAGUCGUGUGGGCUUAGGCUCAGCUGCUGCAGUGCUGCAUCUGCUGGGGUUGGGCACACUAGAAUGAAUGCACUACUUAAAAAAAACUCCAGAUGUUCACAGUCAACUGAAACUAUGUUUCCCUUUUUAUUUCUGCUGUUUCAUAGUUUCCAAAUUUAACCAAAUUGACCUUGUCUUAUGUAACUGACAUUUCUUCACAAUAAAGGAUUAGAAAAACAAAAAAAGUAUUUAAAUCAUUGCCUGUCCUGAAAUGCACUCUCAGUUAAAGCAACAAUAUUGUGUGGCGUUUGGGAUCCACCCAGAUCUAGAGUAUAACUAUUAGUAAUCCAGACUAUGGGUUGUAUGAUGCAAAGCUAAACAUGUUUACGUGGAUUUGCUAAAUU